AUGUUCGAUUAUUGUGCAACAGAUGAACACUGCAAAUUCUUCCCUUGUGAUGAACCGAAGUUUUGCGAGAAAGGUCUCGUUUUGAAAAAACUUCCUUGUAAAUGUUGUCGUGAAUGUGUACCAGAAGAUUGCGAAGUGGACUGUUCAGAACGACUGUGCCUUAAGCCGAAAUGUCCAAGAGGUCAGGUUCCUACUAAGGUCGAUUGCAAAUGCUGUCCACGGUGUGCUCGAGCUGAAUACUUACCAGACUGCAAUGUAGAAGACUGUCCUGAGCUUACUUGCAAGCAUAAUGAAAUGAAGAUUGAUGCACCAUGUAGAUGCUGUCAAAUCUUCUUCACUUUCCUCAAUAUUUCGUAUGUAUUUGCUGCAAAUCCAAACUGUACACAAAUUCCUGAAUAUUGCCCAACUGACGAAGAAUGCACCAGGGUAGACUGCUUUGAGCCCGAGACUUGUGGGAAAGGCUUAGUUCUGAAAAAAUUUCCAUGCAAAUGUUGUCGAGAAUGUGUGCCAGAAGACUGCGAAGUGAACUGUGCUGCGGUACAAUGUCUCAAGCCGAAGUGUCCCAGAGGCCAAAUUCCUACAACAUUUCGCUGCAGGUGCUGUCCUCGCUGCGCUCCUGCUGAAUACGAACCAUACUGCGAUGAAGUAAGAUGUCGUGCUAUUUCUUGUAGACCUAAUGAAGUUAGUAUUUCGUAUGUAUUUGCUGCAAAUCCUAACUGUACACAAAUUCCUGAAUAUUGCCCAACUGACGAAGAAUGCACCAGGGUAGACUGCUUUGAGCCAGAGACUUGUGGGAAAGGCUUAGUUCUGAAAAAACUUCCAUGCAGAUGUUGUCGUGAAUGUGUGCCAGUGAACUGCGAAGUGAACUGUGCUGCAGUCCAAUGUCUCAAACCGACGUGUCCCAGAGGCCAAAUUCCUACAACAUUUCGCUGCAGGUGCUGUCCCCGCUGUGCUCCAGCUGAGUAUGAACCUUUCUGCGAUGGAGUAAGAUGUCUUGCUGUGGCUUGUAGACCUAAUGAAGUUAGUCCAGAUGGAAGAAGGUCUAUAAGACGGCCUACAAAAAGGUGGAAAGAUGCAGUCAAAGAAUAUCUAGAGAAGGGACUUAGUGGCACAGGACCGACAAACAUGGAAGCAAAACUGCCAAUCAGUUGUCCACUUGCAUGUUUAGAAGAUUGCCCAGUUCCAGAACAAUGCCAGCCUGGAUAUGUCCUAAAAAGAUUUCCUUGUAGCUGUUGUCCUAAAUGCGUACCGAAAUGUGAAAUUAACUGUACUAAAGCAAUAUGUCCUCAACGCAGAUGUGCACGAGGAUACAUACUUAAAAAGGAUCCUUCUUUGCUCCCGUGUCCAAAAAGACCAUGCUUAGUAGCGUGUCCAGUUCCACCACAAUGCCAGCCUGGAUAUACCCUAAGAAGAUUGCCUUGUAGCUGUUGUCCUACAUGCGAACCGAAAUGUAAAGUUAAUUGUACUCAGGCAGUAUGCCCUAGAUGCAUGUGUGAACCAGGACAAAUACUAAAAAAGGAUCCUUCUAAAUUGCCAAUCAAUUGUCCGCCAAUUGCAUGUGUAGUAGACUGCUUAGAACCAGAAUCAUGCCAGCCUGGAUAUGUCCUAAGAAGAUUGCCUUGUAGCUGUUGUCCUAUAUGCGUACCGAAAUGUGAAAUUAACUGUACUCAGGCAGUAUGUCCUCAACGCAGAUGUGCACCAGGAUACAUACUUAAAAAGGCUCCUUGUAAGUGUUGCCCAGAGUGUGUCAGGUUGUUAAGGUCCUAG